GUGGCGGAGCGGCAGCAGCACCUUUGACGUGCCCGUCCCCCACGUGACGGCCGCUCCAUUGCGGGGAGGGAGCUGAGCUGCCGCCGCUCCGGCAGAGCAGGGGAGAGCCGCAGCCUCGGCGGCGGCGGUACCAGCAGCAGAAGCAGCAGCAGCGCCUCCGCCCGCAGUGUGUGUGUGUGUGCGUGUGUGUGUGAUGAGCGAUCACCGCGUCCCUCCGCCCGCUGCCGGCUGACACCGACCGCGCGGGGCGCGCCAGGAGCAGCAGGAGGAGGCGAGGAGCCGCGGCCACCGCGCAGUGACCUUGGCCCAGGAGUGCAGCGUCUGAAAGCAGAUCAAAUCUGUGGGACAUGGCACAAGGAAAUAAUUAUGGGCAAAGCAGCAACGGGGUGGCCGAUGAAUCCCCAAACAUGCUGGUGUACAGGAAGAUGGAAGACGUCAUAGCCCGCAUGCAAGAUGAGAAAAAUGGGAUUCCUAUUCGUACAGUCAAAAGUUUUCUUUCCAAGAUCCCCAGUGUCUUUUCUGGUUCAGACAUUGUUCAAUGGUUAACGAAGAACUUAUCUAUAGAAGACCCAGUGGAGGCUCUACAUUUGGGAACACUGAUGGCAGCACAUGGCUAUUUCUUUCCAAUCUCAGACCAUGUUCUAACACUGAAGGACGAUGGCACUUUUUAUCGAUUCCAGACACCCUAUUUUUGGCCAUCAAAUUGUUGGGAGCCGGAAAACACAGACUAUGCCGUUUACCUCUGCAAGCGGACAAUGCAAAACAAAGCAAGGCUAGAGCUAGCAGACUAUGAAGCUGAGAGUUUGGCCAGGCUACAGCGAGCAUUUGCUCGGAAAUGGGAGUUUAUUUUUAUGCAAGCUGAAGCACAAGCAAAAGUGGACAAGAAGAGGGACAAGAUAGAGAGGAAGAUUCUUGACAGCCAGGAGCGAGCGUUCUGGGACGUGCACCGGCCGGUGCCUGGAUGUGUAAACACUACUGAAGUGGAUAUAAAAAAAUCUUCAAGAAUGAGAAAUCCACAUAAAACAAGAAAGUCUGUCUAUGGCUUACAAAACGACAUUCGAAGUCACAGCCCUACUCACGCACCAGUACCAGAGACUAAGCCACCCACAGAAGAUGAACUACACCAAGAGAUUAAGCACUGGCAAAUGCAAUUAGACAGACAUAGAUUAAAAAUGUCAAAAGUUGCAGAGAGUCUAUUAGCUUAUACAGAGCAGUAUUUGGAAUACGAUCCUUUUCUUGUGCCCCCUGAUCCCUCAAACCCUUGGAUAUCAGAUGACACCACUUUCUGGGAACUGGAGGCAAGCAAAGAGCCAGGACAGCAGAGGGUGAAAAGAUGGGGGUUUGGCAUGGAUGAAGCUUUGAAAGACCCUGUGGGAAGAGAGCAGUUUCUCAAAUUCCUGGAGUCAGAAUUCAGUUCGGAAAAUUUAAGGUUCUGGUUAGCAGUAGAAGACCUGAAGAGGCGGCCUAUCCGUGAAGUUCCUGCUCGCGUCCAAGAAAUCUGGCAAGAAUUUCUUGCUCCAGGUGCACCCAGCGCUAUCAAUCUAGAUUCAAAAAGUUAUGACAAAACCACGCAGAAUGUAAAGGACCCUGGAAGAUACACAUUUGAAGAUGCUCAGGAGCACAUUUACAAACUGAUGAAAAGUGAUUCUUAUCCUCGUUUUAUACGAUCCAGUGCCUACCAGGAGCUGCUACAGGCCAAGAAAAAGGCUGGAACCUCACAUUCAUUUUUCCGAGGAGCCAGGAGCCACCUUGAACCGGGGAACUUCUGUAGCGCUUUGAGAGUAACCAUUCACAAAGACCUUACAGCUCUGAACUACAGCACGCACAAAGAACACUUUUUUUCUAGCGACUACAAAAUGCUGCAAUAAGCUUUGCUCAAAUGAAACCUCUAUUAGCGGUAGUGGAGCUUUGUACGUUAGCCACCAAGGAUUUGACUAUCAGAUAAUUACGAUUAUACAUUCUCUUCAGAACAACCUGCAUUAUUUAAGAAGAAAAUCAAACUCCAAUCAAGCUGCUCAGAGGUUUUGAAAUAUUCAGAUGUAGAGUUCCCAGCUUCCCUGUUUUAGCCAUUGGGGUACAGUGCAAAAUGCUGCUAAGCAGUCAAUAGUCUCAGGAUUUAUUACAGUGUCUGAACUUAUAAACACAGAAAGUUCACAGAAAAGCCUGCUCUCGUGAACUUUCAACCAGCAUUUGCAAACUAAGAAGCCAUAGAUUAUUUAUCUAAUAAAUGGAUGCGUAUCUGUCCG